AUGUCGCGCCGCGGCCGCGAGGAGGAGGAGGAGUUCGAGGAGGUAGAGGAGGAGGAGGAGGCCGAUGAGUCGGAGGUGGAGGAGGAGAGGGGCGAAAAGCGGUUGCGCGGCGGCGGGGGGGAGGGCUCGGGCGUCGCGAGCUUCAUCGACGACGCGGCCAGCGAGGACGACGACGAGGAGGAGGAGGAGGAAGAGGAUGACGACGACGAGGACGACGACUACGAGGAGGGCGGCCGCGGCCGCGGCCGCCGGCCCAGCAAGAGGAAGCGGUCGAUCCUGAUCGACGACAUGGCGCAGGUCGACGACGACGACGGCGAGGAGGAGGAGGAAGACGGGUACGAGGAAGGUUUUAUUGAUGAUGAUGCUCGGGCUGAUAAUCCUGACGAGGAUGUGCAAAGGGGUUCUAGACGUCAUUUCAAUCCAAAUCCAAUGGAUGAUGCAGAUGAUAUGGAGAACUUGGAAGAGAUGUUAAAAUGGAAAUAUAGAACGCAAUCACACUCUGAUUUUGAUGAAGAGGGUCUAACCGAGGUUGAACAGCAAGCUCUCCUGCCAUCAGUGAAUGAUCCAAAGCUCUGGAUGGUGAAAUGUGCGAUUGGACAUGAGCGAGAGACAGCCCUUUGUCUAAUGCAAAAGUUCAUUGAUAGGCAAGAUCUCCAGAUUAAGUCCGUCGUUGCAUUGGAACACCUAAAGAAUUACAUUUAUGUUGAAGCAGAGAAAGAAGCCCAUGUCAAGGAGGCUUGCAAAGGUCUGCGGAACAUCUUUUCUUCAGCAAAAAUACUUCUGGUUCCUACAAAAGAAAUGACUGAUGUUCUCUCUGUCACGAGUAAGUCUGCUGAUCUUUCAAUAGAUACAUGGGUCAGGUUGAAGCUUGGUAUAUAUAAAGGGGAUCUUGCUAAGGUUGUCGAAGUUGAUGAUGUGCGCCAAAAGGUUACUGUGAAGGUCAUUCCUAGAUUAGAUUUACAAGCUUUGACAGAUAAAUUGAAAGGUCUUAAGGUUGCAAAGAAGAAGUCGUUUAUUCCACCGCCAAGGUUAUUUAGUACCGACGAGGCGAGGGAGAUGAACAUUCCUGUAGAACGGAGGAGAGAUAGAGAUUCUGGGGAAUACUUUGAGAUGGUUGGCGCUUUAAAAUUUGAAGAUGGUUUCUUGCGCAAAAUAGUCUCGAUAAAAUCAAUCAGCACACAGAAUGUUAAGCCAUCACUUGAUGAAUUGGAGAAAUUCGGGAGAGUUGGUGAUGACGUGAAUGAAGAUGUGGCUAGAUUGUCCACACUCAGCAGGAAGAAGGGACAUUUUAUGAAAGGCGAUGCUGUAGUUGUUGUUAAAGGUGAUCUCAAGGACAUAAGGGGCUGUGUGGAGAAAGUAGAGGAUUCUAUUGUUCACAUCCGACCAACACCAACACAAUCUGAUCUUCCGAAAACACUUGCCUUCAGUGAGAAAGAUCUCUGCAAAUAUUUCAAUCCCGGGGACCAUGUAAAAGUGGUUUUUGGUGUUCAAGAAGGUGUGACAGGCAUGGUAGUUAAAGUGGAAGGACAUGUCUUGACUAUUUUAUCUGACACAAGCAAAGAACAUAUCCGUGUGUUUGCAGAUCAUGUUGUGGAGAGUUCUGAGGUCACGACGGGGCUUACCAGAAUUGGUGAUUAUGAAUUGCAUGAUCUUGUCCUUCUUGACAAUUUAUCAUUUGGUGUGAUUGUAAGGGUGGAAAGCGAAGCAUUUCAGGUUCUCAAAGGAGUGCCUGAUAAACCUGAAGUGGUGCUUGUGAAACUGAGAGAAAUAAAAUACAAAAUCGAUCGGCGCACAUCUGCAAAAGAUAGCAGGAAUAACACGGUGUCCACUAAGGAUAUUGUCAGGGUCAUUGAGGGGCCAUGCAAGGGAAAGCAAGGACCUGUGGAACAUAUACACAAAGGGAUAUGUUUUAUACAUGACCGCCACCACCUUGAACAUUCAGGCUUUAUCUGUGCAAAAGCACAAUCUUGUGUCCUUGUUGGGGGAUCGGUUGUCAACAGCAGCAGGAUGGGUGUUGAUACAGCAGAUCCACGGCUUGGUGCUUUUAGAUCUCCAGCAAGGAUCUUGCAAUCUCCUGGAGGGCUUCCGCCGAGAGGACCUUACAUGAAUUCUGGUGGAAGGUUUGGAGGAGGUGGUCGUGGUGGCAGAGGGCAUGAUGCCUUGGUGAGUAGAUGCAUCAAAAUUAAAUCUGGUCCCUACAAAGGAUAUCGUGGCCGUGUUAAAGAAGUGAAUGGUGCACUCGUGCGUGUGGAGCUUGAUUCACUUAUGAAGAUUGUCACAGUUAAGAGAGAGGAUAUUGCUGACACAGCGAAUGUUGGGACACCAUUCCGUGAAUCUCGUUAUUCAUUGGGCAGUGAAACACCUAUGCACCCAUCUCGAACGCCAUUGUAUCCUAUUCAAACUCCAAUGCGAGAACCUGGAGCGACACCAAUUUGUGAUGGAUCGCAAACUCCUAUGCAUAAUCAAGCCUGGGCACCAAUGAGUCCACCGAGGGAUAACCAGGAAGAUGGAAAUCGUGGCACUUGGGGCGCUUGGGGGAGCAGUCCAGCUUACCAGCCAGGAACUCCAGUAGCUAGGCCAUUUGAUGCCCCCACUCCUGGAUCAGGGUGGGAAAGUACCUCUGGAACUGGCUUUGGUGAUGCUCCAUUCAACGCUCCAACACCUAGUGCUCAACCAAUGACCCCAAUUCCUGCCUCUUAUUUGCCUGGAACCCCUGGUGGCCAGCUAAUGACCCCAGGGAAUGCUGGAAUGGAUGCAAUGUCUCCAAUGAUAGGGGAUGAGGGCGGCAGUAAUUGGCUCUUGCCAGAUGUUUGCGUCAAUGUGUCCAGAGGAGAUGGUUCCACCAAUGGUGUGGUGAAGGAAGUACUCCUGGAUGGAUCUUGCCGUGUCGCACUUGGGCCAUCAGGGAGUGGGGAUGAAGUAACAGCUCUUCCAGACGAGCUCGAGAUCAUCAGGCCGAAGAAGAGCGACAGGGUCAAGAUAAUGAAUGGCAGCAUGCGUGGAGUUAUAGGAAGACUGGUAGGAGUCGACGGGUCUGAUGGGAUUGUCCGGGUGGAAAACCCGCUUGACAUGAAAAUAGUAGACCUGGUGAUUUUGGGCAAACUAGCAACUUGAGAUAGCUGGUUCACCUGUUAGGUGUUAUCUUAACUGUCCUAGGCCGCAAAAUUAGAAAGAAAAAUACAUGUUUUUGGUCAACUUAGCAAUUUUAGAUCACUCUAACCGGUCAGAUUGAUUGUUCUUAAUCCCACUUGUUCGGUAUCAUGUGAAUUAUGUGAUGUAGAUUUCCAGAUGCCUGCCCGGAGAUAUACUCGGGAAUGCUUGAUCUUUCUAAUCCUGACAUGACACAUCAUCCCGGUUUA